UCUCUCUCUCUCUCUAAAAUAAUCUCUGAUCCUCAACUGGAACCCACUGAAUUUCCCCUGAAUCUCACCCUCUUUGCUUAGUGCUUCUUCUCUCAUAUAGUUACUUUACCUUUAACACUCUUCUUUAUUUUUUCCCUCAAUUUUGCAAAAAAAGCAAUAGUGUUUACUGUUCAAUGGCUGUGCUUCCGGUUGAAGCUUUACCGGUGGGGUAUAGAUUCCGGCCGACCGACGAGGAGCUGAUCGAUCACUAUCUGAGGCUUAAAAUCAAUAAGCGGGAUAAGGAAGUCUCUGUUAUUCGUGAAAUUGAUGUUUGUAAAUGGGAGCCCUGGGAUUUACCUGAUUUGUCUGUGGUAGAGUCUACUGACAAUGAUUGGUUCUUCUUCUGCCCGAAAGAUCGGAAAUAUCAAAAUGGUCAGAGAUUGAACCGGGCCACGGAGAAAGGUUACUGGAAGGCGACCGGUAAGGAUAGGAAUAUAACUACCCGAAAGGGAGUAAAGAUUGGGAUGAAAAAGACUUUGGUUUUCUACAUUGGUCGUGCACCCGAUGGAAAGAGGACCAACUGGGUGAUUCAUGAGUAUCGUGCUACUGAUAAGUCUCUUGAUGGCACGCAUCCUGGCCAGGGCGCCUAUAUACUCUGCCGUUUGUUUAAAAAGGCUGAGCUGAAACUAGAUGAAGUUGAAGAGAUAAUUGCUUCUCCUCCUGAAGUUCGAUCUGCUGAACAUGAACAAUCAGAAUUGGUGAGUCCCAGUUUAGGCAGUAGUGCUGAACCACAACCUUCUACUGGAAGCCAUCGGAACAUUAGUACUCAGAGAGCUGUAGCUGGCACUGCUAUACCUAUUGAUUGGCAGAAUGACAGCGGCAUUGCUUAUGAGAUUGAAGACAAUGUACAAGACAUUAAAUCUAUUCCUCCUAACCCUGAACUGGAGAAACUAUUGGAUGAGUUUUGCUACCCUGUGCCCCAGACCACAGAAGGGAAAAUGUUUUCCCCAUUGCAUUCCCAGAUGCAGUCAGAGCUUGGAAACCCAUACUUCUAUAACAACAUUAAUGGUGAUAUCAGCGAUUGUCAACAAAGGUUCCCGUUCCACUAUGGAACCAAUGCUACUGAUGAUAUUGAAAAGUUCUUGAAUUCUGUUUUAGUUGAUUUUGAGGAGCAGUGUCUACCUAGCAUCAACAAUGGUGACAACUAUGUUAACAGUAAUGUAAAAGCCAGUAUCUCAUGUAGUGAGUUGGAGGGUGAGGUGUCUCAGAAACAGGCUGAUCUGUUUAUGCUGCCAGUUGAGCCGUUCGAGGACAAUAUCAAGCAAGAAUCUCCAUUCCAGAGUGAAGUUUCUUCUGAAAUGCUAGCUGUUGAUCAAGAUGGUCAUAGUUCUUAUGUUAGCAGUGGUCACGACCUGGGGAACUUGGGUUACGCAAGUAACCUCUUUGGAUUACCAAAUGAUUCCUCAACUUUCGCUUCUGUCAAUUACAUCGGGCACGUGUCAAAUGUUGAAAACACUGGUCUCUAUAGCCCUGCAGUGGAAGACACGAAUUCCGGAACUGGCAUUGUGAUAAGGCAACGUCAGAUUCCUAAUCAAAGCAGCGUGCAGCACACUGCAUCAGGCACUGCUCCAAGAAGAAUUCGUCUGCAGAGUAAAUUUCAAGUUGGAUCGGUUCAGUGUGGCCUUCUUAACGAGCCAACUAAAGUAACGCAAGAAGAUGACACAGCCCAGGAUGAUGGGAAGGCUUCUACGGUCUCUCCUGAUGAAUCGGGGGCUUCAACUACUGUCGAUGCAAAUACAGAUGGGAACUCAAAUGACACAAGCACAAACCCAAAGGCCAAAGCUGAAUCACCAUAUAAUAAAUCAGAAGAUACUGUUUCACAGCGCUCCGGUUGUGCACUUUCAGUUUCAUCAUCGAGAUACAUGCCUAAGGUACUCAUGGCCAUGAGUCUCAUAGUCAUGCUUCUUGCUGUGUUGGCAUUUUCUACCUAUAAAUGAAACUAACUAGAAAGUAAUCAAGCCUUUUUUGCUUAGUUCGAUAGGUUAACACCGGGUCCUGAUAUUUUGUCGUUUUAAAGCUAAAUGUUACGCCUGGAUGCUUUGGAUUUGCUUAUUGCUUAGCUUUAUGGAUGAUCGUUUCUGUACAUGGUUAUGUAACAUAUAUCGGGGAUUACUUUUUUUGUCGUAUAUGUUUAUAGAGAUUUACAGGAUACAAUUGUGGUU